AUGUUGAAGUGCUUCCAAUAUGCGCUAAAGGAUAGAGCACGGAGUUGGCUGUUGUCUCUGCUGCCAAAUUCGAUCAAUAAUUGGAGUGAAGCUUGCGAGAAGUUUAUACUCAAAUAUUAUCCAAAUCAUAAGACGCAGGAACUUCGUGUUAAGAUUAUAGAUUUCACACAAGGAGCAGAUAAGCCUUUUCAUGAGGCUUGGGAUAGAUUUCAGGAACUUCUCCGCCAGUGCCCGCAACAUCAACUGACCAAUGUAAUGUUGAUGCAAUUCUUCUAUGACGGGCUGAUUCAAACUGCUCAAUUUAUGGUGGACAGCACUGCAGGUGGGAACAUAGCUAGAAAGACAGCUGCAGAGCUGAACGAGAUUUUCCAGACUCUGGCAGAGAGUUCUCAGCAAAAAUCAACCUGUGGACGCCGGGUUGAAGCCAGCGCAAGUUAUAAUCAAGGCCAGCAGAACUUCAAUAGCAGAUGGAGAGGUCAGCAGCCUUAUGCACCGCAGCCAAACUUCUCUCAACAAUAUCCUCCGAGGUAUCAGCAGCAAGCGAAUUUUCAGCCCAAUCAACAAUUUCAGAAUGCUCCACAGUUUCAGAAAUAUAUUCAGCCCCAGAAGUCAUCCUUAGAAGAUACUAUGCAGUCGUUUAUGGAGAUGACCAAGCAAAACUUGGAGAUGACCAAGCAAAAUAUGGAGUCUCAGUCAGCUACGAUAAAGCGCCUUGAAAUGACUAUUGCCCAAUUCAUGGUGGACAGCACCGUAGGAGGGAACAUAGCUAGGAAAACUGUAGACGAGCUAAAGGGAAUAUUCAAAACCUUAGCUGAGAGUUCCCAACAGAAAUCAGUCCGUGGAAAGAAGGUUGAGGCCAGCGCAGUAUCACAGACCGGCGAUCUGCAGAAACAGUUAGCUUCACUUAUGAGAGAACUACAGCAGCUCAAGAUGAGCAAGAUGGAAACCCCGCCUGUCCCUGCGUAG